AGUAGCAGUGUUGCGGCGGCGGUUCCGAAGGUGCGCACAUGUCGGCACAUUAUAAUUCGCCAUCCCCGCCCUGCGCGGAUGCUGCUUACUGGGUCUGAGACGACAGCGGUGGACCUUCUGCAGAAUAAAGGAACAGCGGAGAACCAGCAGGAGACGACGGCGAGACAGAGAGGAUCUGGUUCAGAGAAAGAUGUGGUGAUGAGGUGGUCGUUCAAAAUCGAUAAAGGAUGUAUUUUGUAAGCCUAUGUGGAGAAGAGAGACGACUGAUUUUUUUCUGAAUUAGAGCCUAUCGACUUUUUAAAGCAAGCAAAUGGAAAUGUACCAAUAACCGGAAAGAUAAUCGGCUGGUUUGUUUUAAUUUCAGUCUCUUCCUACACAUCAACGAUCUUAAAUAUAUAAAUAAAGACCAAAUUUAGGCCGAUGACUUGCUGAUGACGCCACUACGGCAAAGCCUCACAAUAGUAGCGAUACAUGUGCGCCCUCCUGUCUCAAUAUGGGAAUAUAAAUCUAUAUCAUUCGCGUCUUUGUUUCUGAGAUGUGUCUAUUUUUAAAUCGAGCCCAGUUUAGCGGGUUUGCUGAGGCAGUCACCCUGGGCGAAUCGAAUUGAGCACCAAACAUCAUUCCUAUAUCGGCCUAAAUCACGGCGUUAUCUGUUGACUUAUUUUCUGAUCCGGCUCAUUGUCACCCGUCUCAGUUAUCGUUGGAAGAGACAUUUAUUUUCAUACUGGUUGUAGUUUUUGUCAAGUAAAUAACGGCCCCCCUGCUUGCAUCCUCCGAAAGCAUCAUCACUGCAGCGAUGGAGACUCCCACUAAGCUGCCUCCUUCCAGCCCUUCUUCACCUACUACGGGCUUUUCGGUGCCCAGCGCGGAGAAAGUAGAUGGCUUUCCCCGUCGCUCAAUGCGCCGUGCUCGGCAGCGACGUUCACACAGCUCCUCACAGUUCCGUUACCAGAGCUCUCAAGUGGAGCUAACACCGCUGCCUUUACUGAAAGAUACCCCUGUGGCGGAGCUACAUGACCUCUUCUGUAAGAAGCUGCAGCAGUGCUGCGUCCUCUUUGACUUCCUGGACUGCGUGGCUGACCUCAAGGGUAAAGAAAUCAAACGCGCUGCCCUCAAUGAACUGGUGGAGAGUCUGGCCACCAACAGAGGGGUUCUCAUCGAGCCCCUCUACCCUGAAAUCAUCAAGAUGAUUUCAGUGAAUAUCUUUCGUACACUGCCACCAAGCGAGAACCCGGAGUUUGACCCAGAGGAAGAUGAACCCACACUGGAGGCCUCCUGGCCCCACCUACAGCUGGUCUACGAGUUCUUUUUACGGUUCCUUGAGAGUCCUGACUUUCAGCCCUCCAUGGCCAAGCGGUACAUUGACCAGAAGUUUGUCCUUCAGUUGCUAGAAUUAUUUGACAGUGAGGACCCCAGGGAGAGGGAAUACCUGAAGACUAUUCUGCACCGUGUCUAUGGCAAGCUGCUUGGCCUUCGAGCCUAUAUCCGCAAACAAAUAAACAACAUCUUCCUCAGGUUUAUAUAUGAAACUGAGCAUUUCAAUGGAGUCGCAGAGCUGCUAGAGAUUCUAGGCAGUAUCAUAAAUGGCUUUGCUCUGCCUUUGAAGUCGGAGCAUAAGCAGUUCCUGGUGAGAGUCCUGAUCCCUCUUCACACGGCCAAAUCUCUAUCCAUCUUUCAUGCACAGCUGGCGUACUGUGUGGUGCAGUUCAUGGAGAAGGAUGCCACCGUUACAGAGUCCAUCAUCCGAGGACUGCUCAGAUACUGGCCAAAAACGUGCACUCAGAAAGAGGUCAUGUUCCUGGGGGAGAUUGAGGAGAUCCUGGAUGUGAUCGAGCCAUCCCAGUUCAUCCGGGUUCAGGAGCCGCUUUUCAAACAGAUUGCUGCCUGCAUCUCCAGCCCUCACUUUCAGGUGGCUGAGCGCGCUCUGUACUUCUGGAAUAAUGAGUACAUUCUGAGUCUCAUUGAGGAGAACUGCCAGAUGAUCCUGCCGCUAGUCUUCUCCACCCUCUACAGAGUCUCCAAAGAGCACUGGAAUCAGACGAUUGUUUCUCUCAUCUACAAUGUUCUGAAGACCUUUAUGGAAAUGAAUAGCAAGCUCUUUGAUGACCUCACUGCCUCCUAUAAAGUGGAGAAACAGAAAGAGCUGAAGCGCGAGCGAGAGCGUCUGGAGCUGUGGCGCGGCCUGGAGGAGCAGCAGCAGCGUCGGCUGCAGAGCCUAAUGGAGGCCAGCAGGAACCAGAAGAACCUUCUGGAGAGGGAGAACCCUGCGCAGAGCCAGCCAGAGAGCAGCACGACCAACACCACCUAGAACCUGCAAGCAAACACAUAUACGCACACACACACACACGCACACACACACACACACACACACACACACACACGCACACACAUGCACAC